CUAAAUGCCCACCUGCAUCCAUUGACUGAGCACACUCCCUGGGAGUGCGCAGCACCGCAAUCGGUGCCCGCUGCGUCCUCUGAACACAGAUCGCUGUACGGGACCUUUGUGAUCACUUCCUGACAUCAUUGCUUACUACUUGUGAAAUCUGUGAAUGAUCACAGAGCUCACAUGGUAUAAGACUAUUCACAACAGCCUUGUUCCGUGUGACAAGCUGUGACCAAUCACAGCUCACACAGUAUUUCUCAAUGGCUGUAGAAAUGCAGCC